AUGGCGUUACCACCACUCAUCGCAGGCCAGGUGGCUGCCAUUACAGGAGGACUCACCGGGAUCGGAAGAGGAAUUGCUAUAUUGUUCCUGUCUCAUGGAGCCAGCGUCGCCAUCAACUACCUGCCAUCCCACAACAAGGACGAGGAAAAGCUGCUGUCGUCACUCCGCACUGAAGCAUUCGACGCCAUCAAAUCUAGAAAUCCAUCCGCAUCCCUACACAACCUCGACGACGUACCGUUCCUGACAGUUCCAGGAGACAUAUCACAGCCGGAGGGCGGUCAGGAACUUGUGGCCCAAACUGUUGCUCGAUUUGGCCGGCUGGACACAUUUGUGUCGAACGCCGGGAUCUGCAAGUUUGAGGAGUUUCUCGAAAUCAGCCCGGCAUCCUACCAGCGGCAUGUCAACACGAAUUUGUCUGGUGCCUUUUAUGCGGUACAGGCCGCUGCACAACAGAUGACCAGGCAGGAACCCCAGGGUGGAUCGAUCAUUGGUAUUUCCAGUAUUUCAGCAUUGGUUGGUGGCGCUCAACAGUGUCAUUACACGCCAACUAAAGCCGGAAUUCUUUCCCUCAUGCAAUCGACCGCUACGGCGCUUGGCAAAUAUAACAUUCGUUGCAAUGCCCUUCUCCCAGGCACGAUUCGAACACAGCUCAACGACGAGGAUUUAAAGGAUGGGAGUGAGAAGAAGACGUAUAUGGAAGGCCGGAUUCCUCUUGGAAGACUAGGGAGACCAGAUGACCUGGCAGGACCAGCUCUUUUCCUCGCUGCCGGCGAGCUGUCAUCCUAUGUCACGGGUGCCGCAAUAUUGGUGGACGGAGGAGCUUUCGUCAAUUUUCAAUGA